AAACGGACCAACAAAAUGUAUACCUCAUUACAGCAUAAUUACAUGUAUGUGAUUUUUGUUUGUGCUAAAGGUGAUGAUAGUGGUACCAGGAGAACACUAGGGGUUGUGAUAGGGGGUGUGAUAGUACCCAUUGUUCUCAUCGCAAUACUACUAAUUACUUUGGUGAUGUAUAGAAGGAUCAAACAAAGACGUUUAGAGACUGAACCAGCCGCGUCCCCACCAAACAAUGCACGUGAGACCUCAUCAAAGUAUGAGAACCCUGUAUUUGAUGACUCGAAGCAAGACCCCAAUACCUACGAAGACCCGAAUGCUGAUACCCAUGUCUACCAAGAUCUCAAUACAGAUACCCCAAACUACCAGAAUCUUACCGACCCCCAUACGUAUCAAGAUCUAAAGAAACCCAACACCGACGUUACCUAUCUAGAACCCAUAACAUCAGAUCCAGGAGACACUUACGAAGAAAUAUAGAGGGAGCUCUAGCGUGGCAGAGGCUUGGGUAUGGUGCCAGCAGGAUACAUGCUGGAUCAACAAUAAUGAACAUGUUAUGCAAUACACAGAGUUGGUAAUAUUUAUCAUGGUGCUCAUACUACCUUACUAUGUGCUCAUACUACGGUAGUACACUAUUUCAAUUGUUGCUUCCAAGAAUUAUAACGAAACUUAAACAGCUACUUUCAAAAUGUUAUAGAAACAGUAAAUAUCUUAUGUGGUUUUUAUAUCCUGGUACUUGGUUAGGUAAUCCCUUUGGCAGCUCACUCAGGAAGCUAUACUGGGAUGGUAGGUGAUCAUGAGGCGAGUAACUACAAUAUCACUUCUAGUUUGUAAACUAAGGGAUGAAAGGGUAAAUAUACAUCUAAAUCCGUCAAAGUAACUGUCAUUUACAAUGCAAAAAUGCCACUUUUCACUGAUUCAAUAUUUGUGUACAAUAAUCUUUUUUAUCUGUUUUUCACUUCAAGCUGUGUAACAUUUCUUAUCG